ACAGCAUAUCAACAUUGCUGCUUCUACAGAAUCUUUUCCUAAUUGGAGAUCUAUACUGUCACCAACACGGCCUUUUGCAGAAACAAAGACUGCCUCAGCAGCUGACAUUUCUAUGGGACAGACUUUAGAGAACGCAAACCUGCUGCAGAUGAUAAGAACAACACUGUCGGGCACGCGCGCCAGAACUAUGGAUCAAACUAAUCUUUCACCCACUCUUUAUCAAGGCAGUGGRAAUAGUGCGUCCCAGGAACCCACCGAAGUUUCAGCUGAUUCACCUCUGAGAUCGUUGUCUCAAGAUGUGGAUGAACCAGCUGCUGUAUCAGUGUUUUCUGGAGUGUCUUCUGGUGCAAAUCCUACAGUAGGAACUUCAGAAGCAAAACAAUUAACAAGAAAAUCAUCUCCAGCCUCACUAGUGCCGGCUUCUUCCUUUUCUGUAGGCACUAAGAACCCACCUUUGCCAUCUGCGAUGGCUUUAAGCACUCCAGUACUGACGCUAACAAAAAAUGACACUACCACAAAAUUGGCCUCAAUUCUAAAGUCAGUAGCACCACAUACAGAUUUUCCUUUUGCAACACGAAACACAACUGCAUCACUCAUGGAGAUGACAGCUAUGCUUAUACCCCCUGAAAGUAGCCCAGUCACAGCUUUCACACUUGCAUCCACAGCACAUGCACCAAGGCAGAUAAAACCAACAGUAAUUGACACCCAGAUAUUCCCCCGCUCAGAAGUCACCAAAACGUCAACCCCCUAUCCGCUGACAAUUACAGCAGCUUUGACAUCUAUUACAGCACCCGCGAAAGCAACUAGGCUUCCCCCUACUCCCGUGGAAAGCACUUCUGCUCUUCCUGAAACAGCAGCAGCUCCUCUGGCGGGCGGGACAGCGGCGCCGUCCCUGGAAUGCCACCUCUCCGGGAACCAGAUGCUCAGAACAGUUCUGCUUCUGAACACGAGGAGGUUGCUGAUGAGCAGCUCCUUCAGGGAGAGUGUGACAAAAGGACUGAACCAAAUGUUGAGACAAGCCUUCAACCAAAACGUCAGCGCUCAGGUUGAAAUCCUGGAACAAUCAAAUAAUGUAACAGUGGGUUACUAUGUUACACGGGAGAAGCUGGUUUUCAUGCCAGCUGCAGUAACUGAAAGGCUUGCUGCUUAUGGCAUCAGCAAUGCCACAGCAGACAUAAAGCAGCACGUCCCAAGUCUCCAGUCUAUUGCUGUCCUGGCCUUGCCAUGGAAUCCCCUACCUGCAUACCACUUCCAGCUGAAAACUGAGCUGCAGUUUGUAGGACAGACAGACAAUAUACAGUCAUGCAAAUUUGUUCAGACCAUGGAGCAGCGAUUACAGAGGGCAUUUCAGGAUGCUGAAAGAAAGGUCUUAAAUACCAGCAACGACUUAACAGUUCAGAUUCUGAAUACUUCCAAUGUCUCCCAAGCUGUCACUCUGUUUUAUGUAGUCAGUAAUCAAAGUACAACUCUAAAUGGUACCAUUUCCAGCAACCUUCUUAAUCAGCUCUCGGCUGAACUGGUGGGAUUCUAUCUAACCUACCCGCCCCUCACCAUUGCAGAAUCUCUGGAGUAUCCAAAUCUUGAUGUCUCUGAGUCAACUAGAGACUACUGGGUGAUCACAGUUAUACAAGGGGUAGAUAUUACGCUGCUGGGACUGAACAACCAGAGCUUUGCAAGAUUAAUGGAGCAGCGCUUGGCCCCACUCUUCAUGAUGUCCCAUCAACAAGGAAGACGGUUUAAACGUGCCACUACAGUGGGCAGCUACACUGUGCAGAUGGUAAAAAUCCAGCGUAUUCCAGGACCCAAAGAGCCUGCUGAGCUGACGUACUACACUCUGUACAACGGGAAGCCUUUGCUGGGUACUGCAGCUGCCAAAAUACUGAGUACUGUUGACUCACAGCGAAUGGCCUUGACGCUCGGUUAUGUCAUUCAAGUUCAAGCUGAUCCUGUUGUGAAAAACCCACCAAACAACCUGUGGAUCAUUGCUGCAGUGCUUGCCCCCAUUGCUGUGGUUACAGUUAUCAUCAUCAUCAUUACGGCAGUUCUGUGCAGAAAAAACAAGAAUGACUUCAAACCUGACACCAUGAUGAACCUGCCUCAGAGAGCUAAGCCAGUGCAAGGCUUUGACUAUGCCAAGCAACAUUUAGGUCAGCAGGGAGCCGAAGAUGAGGUGUUACCUGUGACUCAAGAAACUGUCGUACUUCCACUUCCAGUUAGAGAUGCUCCUGCUUCCCAGGAGAGAGAAAUCACUCAAGAUGGGAGCACCAUUAAAACUGCCCAGUCCAAUGAAACAAGGAAAAGCCGGUCGCCGAGCCAGGACGGCUCCGUGGGCAGCAGCGCGUCGGGAAAGGCCAGCUCGGGCCCAAGCUCCCCGCACAAAGUAGCGGCCCCGCAGAGCGUCGCCAAGGACGAAGGCAGGAAGAGGAACGUGGCCCUAAGUGAUGAAGAGGAAGGAGGCAUUCUCUUUGAUAACAUUGCCAAAUCCACUCUUGAUCCCUUCGACACGUCCUCGGGGUCCGUGCAGCUGAUCGCUAUCAAGCCUGUGCCGCUGCCMGCAGUGCAUGUCGCGUCGGACAGAAGCCAGGAGUCUGCCAUCAUUAACGGAGAGGUGAAUAAAGCUUUGAAGCAGAAGUCUGAUAUAGAGCAUUACCGCAACAAGCUGCGCCUGAAAGCCAAGAGGAAGGGAUACUAUGAUUUCCCCCAGGCUGAUAACAGUAAAGGGCUGACAGAGAGAAAAAGGAUGUAUGAAAAAAACCCCAAAGAAAUUGACCACAUUUUGGAUCCGGAUACAGACAUUUCUCCAUUUGCUGAGCCUAAAAACAGGCAACAGAUGAAGAACUCUAUAUACAGAAGCAGGCAGUCUUUGAACAGCCCUAGCCCAGGAGAAACUGAGAUGGAUCUCCUAGUCACCCGAGAAAGACCGAGACGUGGAAUCCGCAACAGCGGAUAUGAUACAGAGCCUGAAAUGAUCGAAGAAACCAACGUGGACCGCGUGAGCGAGCCGCGGGGCUACGGCAGGGCCCGCCAGGCCAAGGGCCACUCGGAGACCUCCACUUUGAGUUCCCAGCCUUCCAUAGACGAGGUGCGGCAGCAGAUGCACAUGCUCUUGGAAGAGGCUUUCAGCCUGGCCUCCGCGGGCCACGGCGGGCAGAGCCGGCAGGACGCAUAYGGCUCCGCGCCGCACUUGCCCUACUCCGAGGUGGUGACGAGCGCUCCUGGCACCAUGACCCGGCCGAGGGGAGGCGUGCAGUGGGUGCCAACCUACAGACCCGAAAUGUAUCAGUACAGCCUGCCCAGGCCGGCUUACAGAUUUUCUCAGCUUCCUGAGAUGGUGAUGGGUUCUCCUCCACCUCCUGUCCCUCCCAGAACAGGUCCUGUGGCUGUUGCCUCUCUCAGGAGGUCUACAUCGGAUAUUGGCAGCAAAGUCAGAAUACCCGAGUCCAGUGGGGUAGAUCAGGCCCAGCAUCAUGAUCAGGCAUCUUUUGCCCCUGGUUCAAGAGCUCCAGUGUCUGUUGGUCCACUUGAUCAGUCAGCUUUUCACUCAGGAAAUACAGUGCCAGCAGUGUUUGCCAUCCCAGCAGCAAACCGACCUGGCUUUACAGGCUAUUUUAUCCCAACCCCACCCACAGCAUACAGGAGCCAAGCCUGGAUGCCCUACGCUGGAGAGAACGAAUUACCAGGGCAGUGGGCAGACUCGGUUCCCCUUCCUGGCUACAUCGAGGCCUACCCCAGGCCGCGCUACCAGCACAGCUCGCCGUCGCGGCUGCCUCGCCAGUACAGCCCGUCGGGCGCCAUGCACCCCAGCCUGGAGCAAGCGCCGCUGCCCUCCGGCGCCGCCUCGCAGCAGAGCCUCGCCGAGAACGACCCUGCCGACGCUCCCCUCACCAACAUUUCCACAGCUGCUCUCGUAAAGGCAAUAAGAGAGGAAGUUGCAAAGCUGGCCAAGAAGCAAACGGAUAUGUUUGAGUUCCAGGUCUAGUGUCUUUUGUGGCAGUGUCGUGACUCGUAGUAGCCAGGAAAGUGAGUCCUUCAAUUUGCAGUUACAAACUUACUGUGACUUGUGCCAAAGGGAUGGCAUUUUUCUCUUUCUGAAAAGUCAAUCCUAUGAAAGGAAGUWGAGCAGUGGAACUCUGAAGAUAAGUGUUGUGCUUGCCAGCUAAGGAAAUGCUGCCAGGUAACUGUUUAAUACUGAUGCAAUUGAUCAUAUGCAACUGGUUGUCACCAAGCUCUUGUGCCGUGGUGACCUAUCAUCACUUGAGAUGCUGCUGAGUAUGUCUGCGCCACACAGUGUUUCAUUUGCAGGCCCCAAAGGAGGACUGCUGAAAACAGCUUCUGCAUGUCAGUGCUCUGUUUCUUUCAUUAAAGAAGAGCAGAUGUUAGUACCGGGGAAGCUGGGGUGACGGUAGGUGUGGUAACGCUCAUAUUAAGUGUUUGCUGCAGGACUCUCUGUGAGGAUGCUGGUUUCAGCAACGCAAGACUCAUUCAGCCUUUCCAUUCCAGAGGCCACAUUCAAACCAACAGAAAUUGAGAUGAGUAAGUAAUAAUAAUAAUAAAUGUCUUGUAAAUAUCCCCACUUCUCCUCAUCCUAUUAACAGUACAAGGAAGUGAAAGAAGAGAAGACUGUGAAGAGGGUUCAUGAUAUUUCAAUAGUUGGUGGCUACCAUGUCCAUAAAUGCCACUGAUGAGUUACUGAGGAAGUAUUUUCAGUGGGAGAGAACACAAUACAUGAAGAAGUAGCAAAGAAAACUGGUGUAAACACUUCCAGAAGAAAAGAAAAAUGGUUAUUUGUGUUUGCCCUUUAUUCAGGCUUUUCGUUCUGAAUGCAUGCAAAGCUGGUGAACUUGAGACCUUUGAGCAAGUCUUUCCAACGUGGGAUAAUGAAUACACCUGCUCAUACAAGAAAUCCUCUGUUUAACACAGUGCUUUUUUCUCUUUCUUAAACAAUGAUAUCUAGUAAAGUGAUGCCAGAAAGUGCUAUGUGAAGCUGCAGUUGAUCUUGAUUGCACUGGACCAUGGAAGAGACCUCUAGCUCAUGCAGUUUGUGCAAUUUCUGAAUGUAGGGGAUGUCGCUGUUAUACUAACGUGUAAAUAAGUGAAUAGUUACAUGGAUUAACAAAAUUACUAAUGUUCUGUGAGAAAGAGAGUAUUUCCAGAAACUAUGUUGACUUUACACUAAGCAAGAUUAAGGUCAGAAACUCUUAAACUGCACUGUUGUAUGAAUCCAACCCAAAAAGAAAAUCUCAGCAACUAAAUGGGACAAUAAUUUAUCUUUUGCAGUUGAAGUAGUCAGAGAUGAUGAGAACUUGUUUUCAGUUCCUUCAGCAGUUAGCAUUGUGAACUGAAGUUGGUAUCAAAUACUUUGUGUUGGGCAUGUUCGAUGUCAGCUGGAGUUAAAGGUAAUGUCCUUCAUCAUAGUAAGUUACUUAUUUAGCACCAAUUGU